AAAAUUUCUAAAUUAAUAAAUUAAUUAAUUAACUUCAAAUUGUCACAAUUUUUGACACUGUUAUUUCUUUUGGCCACAUGCCAAUUGACGAGCCUGGCUUGAAACAAAGUGAAGAAAACUGCUUUCCCAAUGCGAUCCGCUUCAAAUUCGAAUUCAAAUUCACCUUCCUUCUAAACCCACAGCCCCGUCACCGUAACGACCAAUCAUAUCUCAUCUAUCCAGCCAUUCAUUAGUCUGUGACAGACCGACCCGUCAUGUUACAGCAACAGCAAUUCAAAAGACAAGCUCCUGUGGGCCCCACUUCUGGCCGCUCCUAACGAAUACCCGAGUCUGAUCCAACGGCCCAGAUCAUCUCACAAAUUCAAAAUCGCCCCUUUUUGCCCGCUUCAAAAGCAACCAUUAAAACCCCCCCUGAUUUUUCCGAUAGUAAUUCCCAAAUUAAUUCCUGAUUUUCUCUGUUCGAAUUUUUUCGAUUGAUUCUCUUGCCAUUGUUUGAGUGUCGAUGGCGAGUGCUGCAGGGGCGAGGAGGUCGACGACGUCGUCUUUGGCGAAGCGCCACGCGUCCUCCGCCGCGUCGGAGAAUCUUGGGAAGGUGGCGUCCUCCGCCGCCUCGGCGGCGAAGAAGCGGCCGGCGCUUUCUAAUAUCACUAACCAGAGGCAUGCCUCCGGUUCGCUUAAUCCGGGUCGGGCGCAUUUGCCCGAAUCAUCCAAAAUUGUACCGUGUUCGACGAAGAUCGUGAGCAUUAAAAAGGGAUCUUCAACCUCCACAAAUGCAAGCUUUUCGGGACCUACUCUGCCUCCAAUCGUCUCUUCGAAGCAGAGCACCGUUGCUCCAAGUAGAGCAAUUGCUCCACCACCCGUUAAUGUUUCGCCCGAUAAAUCUGAUUCGUACUCUGUUUCCAUGGACGAAUCAAUGUCCACUUGUGAUUCCUUGAAGAGCCCGGAUAUUGAAUAUAUGGAUAAUUCCGAAAUUGUUGCAGUUGACUACAUUGAACGAAAGGCAUCAGACAUGCUUUGCAUUUCGGACAACAUGGAUAUUUCAGUUGAUGUAUGCAAGCGAGACUUACUUGCAGCAAUCGAUUCGGAUGUCAAGAUUGUUGAUGUUGAUGAGAAUCUAGACGAUCCGCAGUUAUGUGCCACCAUUGCUUGCGAUAUUUACAAGCACUUGAGAGAUUCUGAGGCAAAGAAAAGGCCGGCUACUAACUUCAUGGAAAGGGUCCAAAAAGACAUCAAUGCAAGCAUGAGAGCCAUUCUCGUUGAUUGGCUUGUUGAGGUAUCAGAGGAAUACAGACUUGUUCCAGACACAUUGUAUCUGACUGUUAACUACUUAGAUCGUUAUCUUUCUGGAAACGUGAUGGAUAGGCAGAGGUUGCAAUUGCUCGGUGUUGCUUGCAUGAUGAUUGCAUCAAAAUAUGAAGAGAUUUGUGCACCUCAAGUGGAAGAGUUCUGCUACAUAACGGAUAACACGUACUUCAAGGAUGAAGUUCUUGAAAUGGAAUCUACUGUUUUGAAUUACCUGAAAUUCGAAAUGACAGCACCUACAGCUAAAUGUUUCUUGAGGCGAUUCGUUCGUGUUGCACAAGGUGCUAACGAGGCUCCUUUAUUGCAAUUGGAGUGCUUGGCCAACUACAUAGCGGAGCUAUCUCUUUUAGAGUACAAUAUGCUCUGUUUUGCCCCGUCGCUGAUAGCAGCUUCGUCGAUUUUCUUGGCGAAAUUCAUUCUUGCCCCUUCAAACAGACCUUGGGACUCUACAUUGAGACAUUACACCCUUUACCAGCCUUACGAUUUACGGGACUGUGUUGUAGCAUUGCACGGGCUUUGCUGCAACAGUCAAAGUUCGAAUCUGCCUGCAGUCAGGGAGAAAUAUAGUCAACACAAGUACAAAUUUGUUGCAAAGAAGUACUGCCCACAAUCCAUACCUGCAGAAUACUUCUACAACGUAAGCAGCUAAGUCUCUAGCAACCAUGUUCCAAUGCUCCGUUGGAUGGGCUUUCGAUCUGCUGAUUGUAGCCGUUGGAUCUAACGAAUAAAGUAGUAGCAUUUCUUGAUUGCUUUAUUCGUAAUAGAGGAUCCAUGCCAAACCCUAGGCGUGCGAGAGAGAGGGAAAAGCUACUUACAUUUGUUGUAUGCUGCUUUUCGUUUAACAUUUGAGCCAAUUUUAGGAUCUUGUACGAUGCAGUUUCUUUUUUUAGACCUGACAAUAAUCACUUCAUGUAUAGCUUCUUUGUUCUCAUUUU